GCUCGCCGUACACCCGCCGCCGCCUUCGCGCCCCCUCCCCGUGCGGAACCAGCAGCCAGGCCAUGGAGAAGUGCGACCCGUCCGCGAACUUCUUCGGCUUCAUGGGGGUCAGCAGCGCGAUCGUCUUCGCCAACUGCGGCGCGGCCUACGGCACGGCGAAGUCCGGCGUUGGGAUCGCGAACUUGGGCGUCAUGCGUCCCGACAUG